CCUCACAACAAAUGAUGUCAUAAAAUCCAUAGGGUAAAAAUAAAAACGUAAAAAAAGUCACAAAAAAGAAAUAAAAAUCUGCUGCCUUGAUGAAGCGAAUUCGAAGCAGAUAUUGAAGGAAUACACGCCUGAAUAAGGUGGUAGGAGCGUGUAUGUGUAUUGUGGGAGGGGCCCUUGUGAGUCUGUGCGAGUUUUUCUAUGAUUUUUUCACAUGUCUGGAGACGCCAAGUACAUCAGUCUCUACUACAGCCUUGUUCACCAGGGAGCCUCUGAUUUUUACAAGGAAAUCAUCAAAGAGCUGCAGGCUUGUUUCUGCCAGUUAAUCAGCUCAACUGACCAUUGGAACAGCAGUACAAUAGUUAAUAUGAUUAGCAUAGAGUAGCUAAGAUGGCAGAUAGCUGUUACUUUGAGUGGAAAUAUGACUGUGCAGACAGGCCAGAGAAGUUUACAGUUUCUGGAGCACGAAGAAUACAGACAAUUAUCAAGUGCAGCAAGGAUAGUGAUGAUGGAAAGCAUACUCAACUCCAUAAACAAUUGGAUGAGAAAGGCCAACUUGAAAUACACUCUCAUAAAAGCCCUGGUGCAAACAUGAGCUAUCUGCCGCCUUGGGCACCAACUUCAGGAGGGGGUCAUUAUCCCCCACAUAUGCUCUCUCCACACUCCAGCUCUCCACAUUCUCCUCAGACUUCACAUAGUACAACUCAGCCAAACAAUUCCGGAUCAGUUUAUCAAAAUCUCUCUCCAGUUGUAAAAAGUGUUUCUCCUGCAAAUGUUUCUGUUACACAGUCCAACAAUGCACCAAAAUCAUCUGCUGUUGCUGUUCCAUCCAGUGGUUCAGCAUCAUCUCCCACAUCAGCAACAUCAUCUGCUCCGUCAUCUGCACCUCCAGUAACUAUUGGAGAUCAUUAUGAGCCCCAGGGCUUUCAGAGGUCAAAUACACCUCCUCUAAAAAGACCUGACUUGAUAGAAAAUCUUAAAACUGAAAAUACUAUGAGUGAUCAUCCGCCGUCUGAAAUGUUACUUGCUCUAGCAGGACCCAGCUCUCUGGACCUCAAAUCACCUAGAAAGUAUGUUAGAAGGUCACCAGGAAAGUACCCAGCACCAGAGCAGCUGCCUAGCCCAGUUAUGUUCUCAUAUCAAGGUAGAGGAAGGCCACGAAAAAAUUGGACUUAUGCAGCGGGUUUGCCGACAAUGAUUCCUGUUACUCAUCCACCAAUGCAUGCAGGAUCUGCAGAAGAUCCAGAUGAUGAAGAAAAUAAACCAUUUAAGUGCAAUAUUUGUGGUAAAGGGUUUAAACUUAAAGGGGGUCUCAUGCAACAUGAAAGAACACACAGCACUGAUCGACCCUAUGUUUGUCCAGAUUGUGGCAAGCUUUUCCGGCAGCCAACUCAUUUGCAGCAGCAUAUUCGAAUUCACACGGGAGACAAACCUUAUGACUGUGCUUUUUGUGACAAAUCAUUUAGACAGAGAACAAUAUUGAACCAGCAUCUGAGGAUACAUACGGGAGAGAAACCAUAUGUCUGUAUGGAGUGUGGAAAACAGUUUCGACAGAAGGCAAUCCUUGAUCAACAUUUCAGAACACAUUUGGGUGAGAAACCAUAUGCGUGCCCACAUCCAUCUUGUAGAAAACAUUUUAGAGAAAUGGCAUCCCUAAUUUCUCAUAUGCAGUGCCAUAAAGAUGUGACCGAUCCUAGAGCCGUUCUUCAGCAAGCAAAGAGAUUGAUUAAGGAAGAACAUAAUGAAGAUAUAAGAAUAGAUAAUCCAGCUCAUGGACGAGAGCAUGUGGAAGGCUCUGACAGGAGAAUAGAACAAGAAAGGGUAGCUCAGGAUAGAGAAUUAGGGCAAGAUAGAGGACUGGGACAAGAUGGAAUGGGACAAAACAGAAUAGGUCAGGAGAGGACAAUGGGACAAGAUGUAAUAAAUCAGGAUAGAUCCCAAGGACAGGAUCACAGAGAAAGUGUAGGUAGUAACUCUGAACAAAGUGGAGGAUAUCAGGGGAAUGGGGAGCAAGUACGGCAUGAUCACCGUUCUUUCACUCCACAAAGUGCAUCUAAUAACGGUUCAGCUCAUAAAUCGCCACAUCCUUUGCCACAUUCAAACACAGACCAACAGAAUGAUAGUUCAUCAGCCCCACCACAUUCACAACCUCCUCCAAUUUCUCCUAACAUGAUGCCAACUCCACAGAUGGCUAUGGCCAACUUGAUUCCAUACCCUCACUCAAUUUUCCCAGCAGCAUCCUACAUGAUGCCUCCACCUGACCCAAGACAGUAUCACCCACAAAAUCAAGGACAGCAUCCUUCAAGGCCAAAUCAGUAAAUGUUUAAUUUAUGAUUUUGAGAGUUAAAUCUUGAAUCAUGCAAGUUUGUUGUAAUAAAAAAUCUUGGUUGCAGGGAAUUUUGAUUCCAAGUGAUGUUAUUUAAAAAUUAGAACUAUGCAAUUAAUCUGGAAAUUUAUAUAGAAUUUUUAUCAUGGGAACUUUUGACCAAAGUUUAUGAAUGCUAUUGCUUUAGGAUCAGAUUAACUAGUGUCUUAGUUUACUCUAAUAAGUCUUAACUUGUAGCUGAAGUUAAUACAAAGUGAAUUCCUCAGCAAUAUCAGUGGUUAACAAAAUUUUAACCCUUAAUAUAUACAUUUUCUAAAUCACAGAGAUGACUGGAUUAAAUGAAAUUAAAACCCCCUGUCUUGAGCUACACAGGGCAUUUUGCAGUAAUCACUUAAUAUAUUUAUAAUGUAAUACAACAUUCUGUUUCUGGUUAACUACUUCAAGGAUUUUUUUAAGAUUGGUCUAGCAAAAUGCGGCAAGGUAGUUGCAAUUCUUAUGACCGUUGUUUGACUAACAGUUUUAUUUGUUUAUUUAUUUAUUUAUUUAUUUAUUUUUUACAACUUACAAAGCCAUUUAGUGCUAAUAUUAAUUUUAUUUAUGCAUUCUUUUAGGCCACAUUUAAAUAAAAGCAGAAGUUCCUAGGAAUCAGCCAUUAUUUGGAAGAAGCAUAUUGAAAUAGGUAAUAUCAAGCAUAGGUUAAAAAUCUAAGCAUUAAAUGAGUCAUUAGUUAGGGGUGCUGUGUCUAGUUAUUUAGAUUUUAAGAUUUUUUCCACCAUGGUAGACUUUGUUGAUAAUCAAAUUUUUGUUAAAAAAUAAUCAAGUCUUGUGCAUAAAAAUGUAAUAAAAAAUAUAGUGUAUGUAGAUUUACAAUCUUUCUUACAUGAGAGCAGCAGCAAAUUAUACAAUGUUCUGCCAAAUCUUUUGCAAAUCAGAUUUUUCCCAUGAGGAAAAUGUUAGAUAUUGUAUUUAAAGAAAAAUGUACACACACAUGUGCCCGGUGCAUAGGUUUGAAUACAGAGAAAGUAACAUUCUGCAUAUUCUGUCUGUGUUUUUGUAUAUGAAUAGUAGUUGAAACCCCAAGCAACAAUUAUAAAUUUUAUUGAAGUAUAGCCCAGUGUUAUAUUAUGAGAAAUAUAUGAGAUUUAACCUAGGAUGAUGCAGCUGUGGCUCCUAUGUUAUGCAGUGUCUCUUUCUUUGUGUUUGACCCAAAUUUUUUAUAAAUGUCAUUGAAAGGGUAUGGUUGCUUAAAUGGGCAUUAAUAUUUAUUGAUGUAUACUUUGUUUCAGUGAGCAUGCCAUGGCCAAGCAGAUCUUUGUCGCAUAAUGCAAUACAAAAUAUGUCUAUUUAAAUAUGCAGCAGAGGUCUAGUUUCCUAGAUGCAACCAUAGUCUGUUUCACAAGUUUUGUUAAAUUUUUAUAUGUAGAAUUUUAGUUGUAAAUGUUCAGUUGACCUAAACUUCCCAAUAUCUUGAAUAUUUAAAUUUUAUAUAGUAUUUCAUUAUGAUGGAGAUCUCAUUUUCCAUAUGACUAAGUUGUCACUCAGCAUAAACAAAUUGUUGUCA